AUGGUGAUCGCAAGGACCAUGAAAUCACUCAAGGACCUGAAACAGAAGUCAUUGGACUCCUUUUCAAAUUUGCUAUACGAUUACGCAGGGUUCGUGUACGAGCGGCCAUGCAAAAUUAUCGUAGCGAGUCUCCUAGGAUGUUUACUCCUGAGCUUGGGCUUCUGUUACAGGGAGCAUGAAAAGGACAUUUACAAACUGUACUCCAUAUCCAAUUCAUAUGCGUGUGAAACAAAUGAAACGAUAAAUGAUUUUUUUCACAAGAGCCGCAAGGCCUUUAUCAUGGUGGAGUCAAAUUGCAAUUUAUUAAAGCCUCACAUCUUAAAAGAGUUAAAGGAGUUUGAGGAUGGAACAAAACAUAUUCAAGUCGACCUAACAGAAAUUAAUGAAUGUACAAAAGAUUCUGAACCCCCAGCUCUACAGACGGAAGCGUCGAAGGAGGUAUAUGAUAUCCUUUUGAAGAAUCAGGAUGUUAAUGCAAAUUUGGACUGGAAACCCAGCUUCAAAAGAUUCAAUUUUAAUUUUGCUCUGAACAAAUUGCUGGGGUUGAAAAAUAAACUCACCGAGUAUAACAGCGAUGAUACGAAAAAAGGACAAGGGAAGAAGAAAAAGGGACAGGAUGGAACAGGAAGUGAUCCCGGGGAGGAUGAGGAGGAGGAGGAGGGAGGAGAUGAUGACGAGGAGGGGGAAGAGGAAGACGAUGAGGAAGAUGAAAAAAAAGGAGACAGCGACAUGAAUAAAAGUAAUCCCAAUGGAGGAGGCGAUAAUGGUAGUAGCGAUGGAGGUGUAGUGAAGAAUGGGGAAGGGACAGAAGGAAGGGGAUUUCAACACGAAGUGAUUGACAUGGUGAGUAAAAAUAUAAAAUGGGUCCAGGAAAAAAUUACAAACAUGUUAAAAGGAAAAACAGAUGCUAAAAAAUUACAACAGAAACAAACACCAAAGGUUAAACUGUCCGAUUUUAAAGAAGAUACUUUUUUCCCGCCAUAUUAUAUCCCUCCUAUGUUGUUGAAGGAGGACAGGUGUUUACUUCAAAAUGUAUUUAAGAACAAAAAUUUAAACGUUAAUUUAAGAGAAGCCAGUGAUGCUUUGAAGAAACAAAUUACGUUCUCCCUCGAAGACAUAUGUGAGAAAAAAUAUAAUGAUUGUAAUUUGAGUUCCAUUUUUUUAUAUUAUGAAAAAGGAAAUGCCAAAUAUGAAAACCCAAUUAAAGUAGAUAAUCUGGACUUUUACGUUAACAGGAAGACCUUCAAAGAAAUGGUGUUGAAAGGUAUCCUGGGUAAUAUGCAAUACAAGGAAAGUCCCUUCAGCUACACGAUCACCUCAGCCAAUGCUAUUAUGACCAUGAUUCCCCUGUUGAACUCUCACACAUAUGAACCAUAUGUAUUGGCAUACGAGAAGAAGCUCAUUGACUACGUUCGCUCUUACAACAUGGAUUAUGUUAUAGAAGAUGAGGAAACAAAUGAUGGGAAUGAACCUUUUAUAAAAUUUCAUGUUUUUACAGAAAGAAGUUUAGAGGAUGAAGUAGAUCGAAUUUCAAAAAUUGAUAAUCUGACCAGACUACUCUUCAUCAUUGGUGUAUUUCUUAUCUUCAUGUAUGCCCUCUUCAAUAAUGUUACUUCCGUGUUGUAUAGAAGUAAGCCUCUGUGUGCUAUUAUGGGUAUCUUAUGUGGUUUCUUAGGUUACCUUGCUGGUUCAGGCUUUUUAUUCUUCCUCGGGGUGAAAUCUGUCCCUCCUGCAGAAACAGUACCUUUCCUUGUCAUUGGAGUUGGUGUGGAUGACGUGUUUGUAAUUCUUAAUUCUUACUCACUCCUUUUCAUGAUUAAGGAUAAUAAGAAAAGGAUUCAGCUUUGUUUAAAGGACAGUGCCCUGGCCAUCACAGUUACCACGUUAACAAAUAUUAUUGCCUUCCUGAUUAGUUCUGUUUCUCCCUUCUAUUCUAUAUGUAGCUUUUCCCUCUUCACCGCGAGCUCUCUCUUCUUUGGGUACCUCAUGGUUCUCACUCUUCUCCUCAGCUUCCUCUGCAUAGAAGGCAAAUUAGAAAACAAGAAAAGGAACGUCUUCUCCGGUACUGCUCUCCUCUUCUGCUCCUUCUUCCGCAAGGGAAAAAAUGACAAAGGAGCAAGAGGUGUGACUCGAAGCAGUUCCGGUGCAGCGUUACCCAGUACACCAGUUGCGCAAAGUGGUCCUGGUGUAGCUGCUCCUAGAGGGGGGGAGCAUACCGCUGCUGCAACAGAACAGAAUAAUAUCUCCCUGCAGAUGGACAAAAAUGAUGAAGACUAUAACAAAACACCAGUCGAGUAUGAAAAUAUUUCAAUUUAUGAAUGGAUUCACAAUUUAUACCUUUUUGAAGAAUCAUUCAAUAAAAAGAAAAAAAAUGCUACCGUGUAUUCCUCAAAUGAGAUUAGCAGUAAAGGGUAUAAUAACGAAAAUGGAAUGCAACCUUACCUUGCUCCACAUGAUGGACUCACGUUAGAAAAUGUAUGCCUGGAAAAGAAGAAGAGGAAAGGUGGUGGAGCCGCUAUAGAUGUAGCAUCAGGAAAAAGCAGAAAUGACCAAAUGGCACUUAAUUAUUAUUCCUCUUCCGUAGCAGCAGGUGCGCCAAGCACUACCCCCAUGGAGGACGACGAGGAACAACCAUCAUCUUCAUCGCAACCAGUGAGACAAGAUGUGUUAGAAAUGGAACAAGGACAAAUGAUUAAUACAAAAGGAGGAAACAAAAUUACAAUUGUAAAUGACAUGUUUGUUACUCCUAAUAAAAAUGCAAAUGGAAAUGACUUAGAUGAUAGUGGUGCAGAUAGUAGUGGUGUGGUGGGAGGAAGGGCCACCACUGGACGUGCUCGAGAAAGAAAGAAUUUGUUACAAGAGAGAGAGAAGGGUCGUCUUAUAUGUGGUGAUGAUCCUCAUGGAGACAACCACCAGUACAAUAAUUCAACAGAAAUGGCAACCAAGGAUACACUACUCUUAAGUAACCUACACGAUACAGAUAAAAAAAAUAUUUAUUUGUUAAGUUCACAUGAUAAUGCCCUUUUCUACAAGUACAUAUACGAAGAGCCAAAAGGGAAUAUAGGAAAAUAUUUCCGUUCCCUGGUGAAAAAUUAUUACGUCCCCUUCCUCUCCUCCUCCAUGGGCAAAGCAAUUGUGUAUGUCAUGUUCACCUUCAUCCUUAUGCUCUCUGUUUAUGGGUGCACGUUAAUGAAGAAAGGAAUUAAAUACGAUAAAGCCUUCCCAGUAGAUUCAUAUGUAAGGCUCUUUUCUGAAGCGAAAACGAAAUACUUUCCUCACUAUGGAGACAUGAUAGAAGUAUAUUAUUUCGACAAGGAUUUUAUUAAAAAGUACAGGAAAUUGAAUAAUCAGGUAGAUGUGGUCCCUUCCUCUGUUCUCUACUCCGAUAGGACAGACAGAGGAAUGAUGAAAAACCCUAAACUAAAUAAAAACAUCCACUGGGAAAUGAAAGACCUGCAAGAUGAAAUAAUUGACAUGAGUGAUCAGAUUGAAGAACAGGAUUUCGUGUCAGGGGUAGCCAAUGGAUUUACUCUCUUCCUUAACAGCAAUAGUAAAAAACUGAAAAAGGAAACGCCUGAACAGUUCUACGAUACCUUUGUUGAUUGGAUUCAAAAUGAUUAUGUGGGAAAUCUUUUUAAAAAUGAUUUUGUGUUUUUAAACAAAAAGCUAGUCGCAUGGAGAUACUUUUACUUCCAGGUCAAUGUAGAUGACUCUGAAAUUUCUUCAAAGUGGUUAAAAACUUGCAAGGAGAUAAGUAAAUUGGAGGAUCACAAUGUGCAAUUGCAGUGCUUCCACAUCAGUUCCAUUUUCAACGAGACAGACGAAGCCAUUAUUGAAGUCACGCUCAUCAACCUGGGUAUCACCAUCAUUACCAUCCUCAUUGUCACAGCUUAUAUUAUUAAGGGAUUCAACUCCUGCCUCAUCAUCGCCCUCAUUAUUUUCCUCAUCGACCUCUGUAUCUUUGGCUUCAUGUGUUUGUGCGGCAUCACCGUUAACAUCAUUUCCAUGGUCAUCCUGGUCCUCUCAGUCGGCUUCUCCAUCGACCACACCUCCCACAUUGUCCAGGCCUUCACCCACAGCAUGGGAAAAACACGGGACGACAAGAUGAAAGAGAGUUUGCACCUCAUGAUAGGGCCCGUCCUCCACAGUGGACUCUCCACCUGGUUUGUGAUCAGUACCCUCUUUUUUUCGAACAAGGAUUUCACUGUCAUUUUUUUCCAAACCUUGUCUCUGGUUCUCUUUUUUUCCGUGAUUUUCUCCUGCGUGUUGUUACCAGUGCUGCUCUCAAGCUUUGGCCCCUUGUAA